AUGCUGAAGAGCCUGCAGGACCAUCAGGGAGUCAGGCUACCGGCCGAGGUGCUGGUUGAGCCGCCUGUGGAGCCACAGGAGGAAAGGAUAUCACGGCAAGCACUAGAACAGGAGCAGAGACCGGCGGCCACAAAGCGAGGACUGCGCUCAAUCCCACAACUGGAACAAAGCGUGCAGCUGAAACUUCGCUUGAUGUUCUGGAUCUGCGGUCCCCUGGACCCCGAGGAACAGCAUGAAGGUCAAUUGCUGCUCGUUGAGGCAGGUGGCCAUGUAGAUGAAGAUCCCAUCGAGUUGCUCGAGGAUAGUCUCGAGCAUUUGGCAGAAGAUGAUGGUCAGGGAUUCCACGAUCAUCCUGACUCAUGGGAUGAUGAUCGGUGGGAACUUGAAAGCCGUUUAGGCAAGGAAAAGGAACUGAGCCGACUGGAGGCCUAUGGGGUCUUUACCCCGGUGCCCCGUGAUCAAGCUGUUGACCACCAGAUGGGAAGAGAUCCCCAAGUGGAAGCGAGGAAGAUGGGUGGUCAGGUCAUGCUCUGUUGCCCGAGAAUACAGCCGUCGUUGAAUGUGCAUGUUUCUGCACCUGAACGUGAAGAUUGCAUCGUAGAACCACCUGUGGACUGGGUGUGGAAACUGGAGCAACAGCUCCAAGAAGGUCGCCAGAAUGCCCCAGGAUGUUCGGAGAUUUCCAAUGAAAUCAUCAUUGAAAACGUGGGGUUCACUCGAUGUGCUGAAGUGCCACACCUUUACCACCGUGUCAAGGAACAGGUGUCUCUUGAGGUGCACGUGGACGAUUUCUAUGCAGUGGUACCAGGAACGGAUCCUUCUUUCACACACUUUAAGCGACGACGCACGGUGACCAAAGAAGGUGUAUGGAUUCAGCCAAGUGCAAGCCACUUGAAGAAACUGCUGGACCUGUGCGGACUUGACGAAAGAUCCAAGCCCAGAGAAACUCCCAUCACGAAGGAGGUGGCCACUCUGGAACCUUCGGAGCCCCUUCAGGAUGAGGAGAUUCGACGCUACGGGGCAAUUGUCGAGAUACUGAUGUACAUUUCCACCGACCGACCCGACACCCAGUAUGGGGUGAAUGAGCUCGCCAUGUGCAUGGCUUCCCCCACAAAAUCAGGUCAAUGGAAGGAGCACGUCACAUGGUCAGGUACAUCUUGGGUACCAAAGACCUUGUGGACUCUUUCUCGGCCGAGACCUGAAGGUUGUGAUGUGAUGUUGUGGUCAUGGCUGAUUCAGAUUGGGCCAAGGAUCCUGGGACUCGGAAGUCCAGGACUGCCGCCCAUAGGACGCGUUCGACACUUAGAAGUGAAAGUGCUCUGGCUUCAGCAAAUGGUCUAUAAAGGCUUGCUGACGAUGAGAUGGCAAGCUGGAAAGGACAACAACAGCGAUCUUGGAACAAAGGUGUUGGCCAAGUCCCGAUUUCAAGAAUUGGUGAUUAGCUGUGGACUGAGAAUGAUGGAAGAAAAGGUGAAUCAGGUCAAGGCCUUACAUAGUUUGACCAUCACAGCUGCGCAAGCAGGUCAAUUGUUGUCCGCGGUGACACUGUUGACGCUGUUGGCUGGUGUGACUGGGGUCGGUGGAUCUGGAGAAACUGGAGAUAGCUACAGCUUAGUUUAUUUCCUGUUUGGUGCAGCAUACCUUUUAAGGAUGAUGUCUGCCUGGAUCUGGGCAUGGUGCCGAUCCAAGAACGAAAAAGUGGUGAGCAUUGACGAGUUGAGGAUCUAUGAAGCUCCCAUCAGCAAGGUGUUACAUCUGGACCUCGGAUGCCAACACCUGAAGAAAAGCCGUGGAGUCACAGCCAAGCUGGUGUGCAAGACAUGCAGCACCCAGUACAAGCUGAAGACGGACUGA